AGGGCUCAGCAGACGCUGAAGCGCUGGAUCGAGGAGGCGCCCAAAGGCGUGGGGCGACAGAAGAUUUUUCCGGAACUGGAUCUGCUUGUGGCAACGAACGCCUGCGUGGGCCACGAAACCGAAGUCCCCUGGUUCCUCCUGGGCAGCGACGCCUCGCUGCGGCGCCCGGACGACGGCGUGGCGCUGGCGACCGCGGCCGGGGCGCUCUGCGGCCAGGGCCUGGAGGUGGAGGAGAUGACGUCGCUGGUGGGUCGAAGGGCGACCAUUCCCAGCCAGGGCCCGGUGAGAGGUUUUCACAAACUUGAGACAUAUGGGUUGGAGUUAAUGCUUCCAUGUCAGCUCCAGACCUCCCCAGCUGGGGCCUGUUUCUGUGGCGCCCACCCCUGCCGCCCGGACAUGGACUUCGCCAAAGCAUGUUGCCGCGACGGCCGCAACGUGGAGUGGCGCGGCCUGGGUAUUCUCACCGGUGAGAUGCGCAGCAACAUUGCCCACUUCGCCCGAGAUUCUCUAUGGCUUCACGGCCUUCUGCAACGAAACGAGACCUUGGAAGCUUUGGGGUUCCCUCAGCGGUUGACUGAGCGGGUCCUGACCAAACUGGCAGCCACGGAGUGUAUUGAGAACGGCCAGUGUGCUAAGAGCCGCACUUUGGACGAGCAGCAUCUCUUUGAAAUGGAGGCCUUGAUGGAAGAAGUGGCCUUAGAUCACUUCCCGGCGCUUGCCACGUGGAACGCUGGGGAGCCGUCCUUGGAUCACCCCGUGUGCUUCGAGGUCUUGCUGCAACGCUGGCGCCCCUGGGCCGGGGACGUCCAAGAGAUCCAAUCCUUCCGACAAAGUGCUAUGAAAAGAUGUAAGAUCCCAGAUGAUGGCAUGCAAAAGAAGAUACUGCUGCUGAAGAGAGAAUCCUUCAGCCGACGUUGGAAGGACGAGGCUCAAGUCAUUGCGCAUUUCAAGGCUUUGGCCGUCUCGGUGGGUGCCACCUUCGUGACAGCGAAUCUGGGGCGGUUGACUCCUUGCGAGCAGGUGGGGGUGCUCCAUAAUGUCAUGUUGAUGGUGGGCGUCCACGGCGCAGACCUUACCAACAUGAUCUUCCUCCCUGCCAAAGCCGCGGUGCUGGAGAUCGGUGUAGAGUGUGAGCUCGAGGGCGCUUCUGUGGACUCGCCGUUUUGGCGGGGACCAGGGACCUGGAUGAAUCACAGCAUUCUGAAGUAUGCAAGGGAAAGCUGGAAGAUACAGCAGCAACAAGGGCUUUGUCCACCUGUUGGCUCCAUUCUUCCUCCAGAUCAGUGGCUGCAGGGCUACCCCACUUCCCAGUUCGCAAAGUUGGCGCGGCAGGCGAAUUUGCUCUACAGCGCUGUGAUGGAUUGUGGUGGGGCAGCGUGUCAUCGAGAGCAACUUCCUGGGGAGUUUGAUCGCGGAUGGUGCAACAGUGAUGUGAAGAAAAGGGAAUGGGUCCAAGUGGACGUUGCAGGGAAGUUAAUCCCAACCCUUUGGGUUAUCUACGACGAAUAUUUGCGGAAACUCCUGCCAAUGACUGCAGUGGAAAAAUUGAAACUGGCAUCUUUCGACAACUUGAAGGAGGCGCGACAAAAUCGGGCCCUGGCGCAACGACAAGUGCAUGGACCCAACUCUUUUAAGCAGCAGGUGAUGGCAUGGUACCAGGCCUUGAGUUUGGAUGCUCUGCCGCCGACCUUCAGAGAUCAGAUGCCCAAAUUUGUGGCUUCUCUGGGCAGUGGCCCCUGGAUGUCGGGGCAUCGAUUUGGCGAUUCCCAGUUGGAUGUCCUAGCUAUAUGGCUGGGGCAAACUUUGGCCUCUCGAUCGUGGAAAGCGAGUGUGUUCCUGGAUUUCUACAUGUACUCUGCCUUCACUGAAAAUCCUGGCAAUCAGUGCUACCUGCAUUCGUCCAAGACCCUCGGCUUGGUGGCGAUGUGGUGCUUGCCUAUGGACCUGCAAACACAAGUGGUUCCCUCCAGGCAGCUUCUACUUGCCGAAGAAGGGUUUCAUGUCUGGAGACCAGUCCAAACCCUGCGUCAUGUGGAGCGAGUUCGCUUGCUCUCAGCAUGGUGCCGCGGACUGGAUGCUGCAAAGACAUUGGGAGGAAAGUUUGGUGCAUUGUAA